GGAUUUAACCAAAGGGUUUUCCAACUGGUUUUUAACUUCGUUCGGCUGGGCGGCGCCUUUAAUAUUUGACCAACCUUUCAUUUCUGUACUCCAUUGCUGCCUUCUCAGAGCUUUACAAUUAUAUAAGCAGUGUUUUUUUUUUAAUCUACUUUAAAGCCAGUUAUAGGUUCCAUUUGUAUUUGGAAUUCGGUCUUGAAGAUCGAGCUUACGGUUGAAGCUUAGAUAUCUUCCAAUUUUUAUUUGAAGAACUUGAAAUUUGUGUUAUUCGUCGAAAUAACUUGUUAUACGCGUUAGAUUUAUUAGCAAUGGCGAACACCAUUCAAUUUUGCGGUGUAAAUCCGAAGCAAUCUUUGCAUUGCCAAGCUCUGUUGGGGCAGCGGCUUGAAUUUGGCGUGUGCGCCAGUUUGAGUUCUAGGUUUUGUGUAAGUGUGAAAAAAUCGUGUAGAGGUAGAGGAGGUUUGAGAGUGAGCUGUGGGGGAGCGAGAAUAGAUGUGAUUGAAAGGAAGGAGAGUGACAGUCAAGUAUGGGGAGAGAAUGAGAAGCAAUUGACAUGUGUUAUGAAAUUCGGUGGAUCGUCCGUGGCAUGUGCUGAGAGAAUGAGAGAAGUUGCUGAACUUAUACUUAGCUUCCCGAGCGAAAGGCCGGUGAUUGUUCUCUCAGCAAUGGGAAAGACAACAAAUAAGUUAUUGCUGGCUGGUGAAACGGCUGUUAGUUGUGGGGUUACUAAUGUGUCAUGCAUUGAUGAGUUGAGUUUUAUUCAAAAAUUGCACUGCAGGACUGCAGAUGAGCUUGGAGUAGAAAGGUCAAUUAUUGAAAAUCACCUAGAACAACUGGAGCAACUUCUGAAGGGAAUCGCUAUGAUGAAAGAGCUAACUCCACGCACUAAAGAUUACUUAGUUUCAUUUGGCGAGUGCAUGUCCACAAGGAUUUUUGCUGCAUAUUUGAAUAAAAUUGGUGUGAAAGCCCGUCAAUAUGAUGCCUUCGAUAUUGGCUUCAUAACCACAGAUGAUUUUACAAAUGCUGAUAUUUUGGAAGCCACUUAUCCAGCUGUUGCUAAGAGGUUACAUGGUGAUUGGACCAGUGAUCCUGCGAUACCAAUUGUUACUGGUUUCCUCGGAAAGGGUUGGAGGUCUUGUGCAAUUACUACAUUAGGUAGGGGUGGUAGCGAUUUGACAGCAACAACCAUUGGGAAAGCAUUAGGUUUGCGUGAGAUUCAGGUUUGGAAGGAUGUGGACGGUGUUUUGACAUGUGAUCCAAACAUAUAUCCUCAUGCUGAGCCAGUCCCAUAUUUGACAUUUGACGAGGCAGCUGAGCUUGCAUAUUUUGGGGCUCAGGUUUUGCAUCCACAAUCCAUGAGACCAGCUAGAGAGGGUGAUAUUCCGGUUCGGGUUAAGAAUUCUUAUAAUCCUAAUGCCCCAGGAACUCUGAUCACCAGGUCUAGAGAUAUGAGUAAGGCAGUACUAACUAGUAUUGUUUUGAAACGUAAUGUUACCAUGUUGGAUAUUGUUAGCACUCGCAUGCUAGGCCAAUUUGGUUUCCUUGCAAAGGUAUUUUCAAUCUUCGAAGAUUUAGGCAUAUCAGUGGAUGUCGUGGCUACAAGUGAAGUCAGUAUUUCCUUGACAUUGGAUCCAUCUAAGCUUUGGAGCAGAGAGCUAAUUCAGCAGGCAAGCGAACUUGACCAUGUUGUUGAAGAACUUGAGAAAAUUGCUGUUGUCAAUCUCCUUCAGCACAGAUCAAUUAUUUCUCUUAUUGGCAAUGUCCAGAGGUCCUCCCUGAUACUAGAGAAGGCUUUUCAUGUUCUUCGAAGAAAUGGAGUUAAUGUUCAGAUGAUCUCUCAGGGUGCUUCUAAGGUUAAUAUAUCGUUGAUUGUAAACGACAGUGAAGCUGAACAGUGUGUGAGGGCUCUCCACGUCGCAUUCUUUGAGAGUAAUCUAUCCAAUUUAGAUGCAGAAGUUGGUUCUGAGAAUAAUCUGCCUCAGUAAGUGUCAUCUGACUAGUAAAUCUAUUUUGUCUUUUUUACUUUUAAAUUUCAAACAAUUUGAAAGUGGAGUCUUUAGUAUCAUUAUUCAAAAUUUUGAAAAAGGGGAUUCGCUUUCCCUAUUGUCUUUAAUAGCUUAGCUUUAUUAUUAUCUUUGAAUAGUGUAUUUUUUCCAAUUGUAAUUGCAAUUUGCUAGCCAAAUGUUUGGGCUUUGAUUAUUAAUUCGUGUUGUAACUGAUCAAAUAUUUUAAAUUACGAGAUAAGAAGUUUUAAGAAAA